AUGGUCGCUAAUGAUUUUUCGCAGAGCAUGGUCCCCCGUUAUUUCAGCCUGCAGGACAAAGAAUCGGCGAGGCUAGUGCGAAACUUGAUCAAAGACCCCAGCAAGUUCAUAUCUGAGGUCAAUCUGCGAAUAGGAAUCAUCAUCCUCAGAGUGACGUACGGGUAUUACGUUGAGUCUGCCGACGACCCAUUUUUGACAACACCGCUGUUGGCGAUGGCGAAUUUUGGGAAAGCAACGCAGCCCGGAAAUUUCUUGGUCGAUUUCGUGCCUGCUUGUACGUCGUGA